CCCGCUCGCCCGCCCACCGCGCGCCACUCCACACCGGGUGCAGCGCGUGAGGUUGAUGCCAGCCAGAGAUAGAUGGAUUGGCGAGGGAGGAAAAACCUGCACAGUGACACAACUAGAGUAAAGAGGAGGCGUUUGACGAGUGAGGGAAAACUGAGAGAGUUACGGAACAAAUCCAGAGAAGAGGGAAGCGGGAAAAAGCAGGAAUCCUCCUGCUGACUGGUUCCUGUCUGCCCGCACCGAUGUCCAAGGCCCGUCCGGUGACAGCAGGAGACAACCAACCGAGACAGAGCGCACAGAAACGGCCGUUGGGGCUGGAAGGCUUCGGGGAACCGCUGGAGCUCUUCUCUGUGACUGAGACCAUGGAUUCACCCACAGAUCUUUUUGAUGAUUCUGCUCCCCAGAUACAUACAUUUGCUCCAACUCUCAACUCCACAGAUCUUGCUGGAAUCCAUCCUCAGGCUAAUGCUGGCCGCCUUACUCCUGCCUUUAGACCCCCCGGCUUUCCACUGAUCCACCAUCUCCUCCAGCCAGGUGGAGGCCCCAGGAGGAUCGGAGGGCUGCUGAACACAAGCCUGAGCACACACAGACACCUGGAGGACAGAAAUGUGGAGGAAGAUGAAGGAGAGAGGGAUGGACACGUGGAGCAAAGAAUGGAAGGGGGAGAUGAGGGGGCGAUUGAGGGAAAGGACGACUUGCUCGGGGUUAAGAAGAGGCACAAUGACGCGGCCCUCGCAGCCGAAUGGAAUCAAGACAUCCUGAAAGUGAAGAGGAUGAAGCUGGAGAACCGACAGAGGGAUGGAGAGGCCGAUGAGGGAGGCAAACAAGGAGGGAGGGAAGAGAGGAGAAGGGAAAGGGAAGAGCUGAAAGAACAGCUGGAGGAGGCAAGGGAGAGACUGCAGGCUUUGCAGGAGAAAGUGUGGAGAGCUUUUGGGGAAAAGCACAUGGCUGAGGAUGAGAAGAAAAGGAAGCGCAGAAACGGAAGCAGCGGUGGAGCUGAUGGAAGGGAAGAGGAUGUAGGGCUAAUAGAGGAGGAGGACAUGACAGAAGGGAUGUACGAUGAGGAAGACAUUGAUGGCGGAGAGAUGGAAAAGGAAUCAUUUUCCCUGCUUUCCGAGUCCCCUUUCGACAGCUUCCACAAACGGAAAGAGGAGCUGCAAAAAGACAGAGAAAGAAGGAUGGAGAGAGGAAGAGGAGGAGGAGGGUUGCACUUGGAGGGUGUGAUGGAGGGAUCAGGGUUGUGGCUUGACUGCGGAGGUUUGGUCAGAGGAGACUGGGAUGGCGGGAUAGAUGACGAGAGUGAGGAGGGAGGGCAGAAGUUUGCCGCGGCACUGAAGCUGGAGUUGGGCAGCGCUGUGGCCCGGGUCAUCGACCGAGUUCUCCGCCUUUACACCGAGAUGACCGAUUACGCUCCUUCCUCUCCUCCCGCUGCCAUCUCUUUUCUCCCAUCUGAUCCGGGAAGUGACGGAGGGAAGGAGAAGGCAGUGUGGAUGGGGCUGUUAACGAGAGGAAGAAGAGAAGAAACAAUGAGCGAUAAGGAGGACAAAACAAGAGGGCAGGACGGAGAAAGAGAGAAGCAGUUCCACAAGAUGAGCAACGGGAGCGCCCUGCCCCCCCGACCACCCCGUCGGACUGAACCGUCCGAAUUAGCGAUGCCACUGACUCUUCAAAGGUCACCUGACACGCGAAAGGCCUACCCACUCCUUGGCCCACCUCUCCCCACUCACCUCAAUCCCUCUCACCCAAACCUCUCCCUGCACCACCCUUCUUUGUCUCGUCCUCCUCCCCUUUCUCACCCUCCCCUCUUGCCUCCAGCCUCUCAGCCCAAGGAUCCCUCCUCCUCCUCCUCUUUCCACCCGUCUUCAACCUCCUCCUCUACUUCCUCAUCUUCUUUCCCUGCGCCUCCCCCUCCUCCCCCGCCUCCGCCCCCUCCUCUCCCUCUCCCCUUGCUCCACUACUCAAUGCAGCAGCUUUUCUCCCGCUCACUCCACCACCCUCAGCUCCCCCACCUCCCGUCAUCCCGCAAAGACUACCUGAACUCUGACCCUUUCUUGGAGUUCUCUUCCCACCCAUCGUCUCACCCCUCCUUCCCCCCGCUCCCCUUGCUCGGCCACCUGGACCCGUCACUUGCACGCCACGCGCACGGGGGGAGAGAGAGGGACCGAGUGAUGAGGGGAGAUGGGGGCAUGCGAGGAGGAGGGAUGGAUGGAGGAGAGCUCUACCUGACUGCUGGGGGGACCCAGGAGGGCUUGUCACCCUGCCAUCUGAAGAAAGCCAAGCUCAUGUUCUUCUACACUCGCUAUCCCAGCUCCAACACGCUCAAGACGUAUUUCCCUGAUGUCAAGUUUAAUCGCUGUGUGACCUCCCAGAUGAUUAAAUGGUUCAGCAACUUCAGAGAGUUCUUCUACAUCCAGAUGGAGCGCUUUGCACGCCAGGCUGUCCGCGAGGCUCUCACCCGGGAUGGUGCACCUCGUAUUAGCCGAGAGAGUCAGCUGCGAGUGGGACGUGAUACGGAGCUUUACCGCAUACUGAACAUGCACUACAAUAAAAGCAACAUCUACCAGGUUCCAGAGAGGUUCAUCGAGGUGUCUGAAGUGGCUCUGAGAGAAUUUUACUCAGCCAUUUGGACGGGGAGAGACAGCGACCCCUGCUGGAAGAAAGGAAUAUACAAAAUUAUCUGUAAACUUGACAGUCCUCUACCAGAUGCAUUCAGGCUGCCAGGUUGUCCAGUUGGCUAAUGAUUGCACAACUUUUAUCUGGUCCAUGUGCACAAAUGCAUGCUCAAACAUAAUUUGACUAAAACAAGGCAUUACGUGCAUUAAAUCAUUCAGAAAUUGGUACAUUUCAGGCAUCGCAAACUGAUAUGUAACCAUCCAAAAGAUCAUUUAGAACUAUUACAGCAUUUUGACUGACUUGCAGAGGAAUACAUACACUUUCUCAUACUGACAGGCAGGUUUGGUAUACAGGCUCAGCAGCAAACCCUCAGUACUGCAGUCUUGUGACCGCACUUAUCAAGGAACGUGACCAUACCUUUGAAUUAAAAUGGACAGAGCAGGAAUUCCUUCUCCAAACAUUCUUCAGCAGCCAGCUGCUUGAAUGAAAUCUAAAGCUAUUAUUAAAAGCACACUCUCACAGUAGUUUUGUGAAAUAGACACAAAAUACAAUUUUUGGACUUCAUGUUCACGGAAACAAA